UUGGAUGUCUAUUAACUUGACUUCUUGCAUGAUGUAGAGACUAUGGCACCUACAACACGUAGCACUAGCAGAGCUAGAGGUACGAGGCUAGCAGAGACUCCAACAAAGUCGGACCCUACUCAUACACGUAGCACUAGUAGACGUAGAGGUACGAGGCCAUUGAAGACUCCAACAAAGUCUGAUCCUACCCAGAAUUCUGCACAGAGACAGGUGCCACAAUUGCCGGUGUUGGAACCCGUAGUAGCUCCACCCCCUAACAUGGUAAUGCUGAGCAUGGAAGCCUACCAAAAAUUGAUUCAAGCCGCUGCGGCCAAUCAAGAGGGAGGGGGAGAUGUUGAUAGUACUAGUAUGACUAGGGAGUUCAAGUAUCUGAGAGACUUCCGUAAAUAUGACCCGCCAGUGUUUGAAGGAAAGACAAUAGACCCCGUGCUUGUUGAAUCUUGGGUUGAGUCUAUAGAAACUAUAUUUGAGCACAUGAAAUGCCCUGAGGAUCAGAAGGUAAAAUGUGCCUCCUUUAUGCUUAAGGGCGAAGCUCACUUCUGGUGGAAGACUGCCCAACAAACCCUUAGGAAAGAAGAUGAGGAUGAGGAGCCAAUAUGUUGGCAUGAGAUGAAGAGGGCGUUCAUCCACAAGUACUACCCGGCGGUAAAUUGGUACAACAACCGGGAAGCUUUUCUGCAUCUGAAACAGGGAAACAUGACAGUGGAAGACCCACGUGCCCCACUUGUGGUCUCAGACACUCCGGACAGUGCAGGGUUGGUACUGACGUGUGUUAUCACUGUGGUAAGAGUGGCCAUAGGAAGACAGAUUGUCCCCACAGGAGGCAACGAGGCCUCAACGUUUGGACGGAGCAGCUAGGAAGGCUCGACUCAGAGUAGAGGCAUGACCAGGGCCACCAACGGGAAGAGAGUAGAAGAUACUGACACUGGUGACAUGUACUUUACUAAUGCUCGGAUAUCAUGCAUUCGUGUUAUUUUAUUCUAGAUUCACACACUCGUUUAUUUUUGCUACAUUUGUAAGGCAUGCACGGUUAGGACUAUAGCCUUUAGAAUACAGGUUAUCGGUGUCUACGUCGUCAAGAGAGAUAUUAGUGGUAGAUGAGUAAGUCCAAGCCUAUAAAGUAGUGUUAGAAAGACCCUUAGAUGUGUUGCUGAUUGUAUUAGAUAUAUGUGAUUUUGACGUUAUACUAUGCGUGGAUCAGGACGUGAUAUUAUACAUAGAUGAUCUAUCCCCAAGACGACCCUCAGGAGCAAAUACAACCAUUAUAAGUUUAUUGUGAUGUCAUUCAGAUUGACUAAUGCCUCUGCAGCAGUUAUGGACUUGUUGAUGAACAUAGUGUUUAAAUACUUCCUUGACAUUUUGUGAUAGUCUUCAUCGACAACAUAUUGAUAUAUUCCAGAACUGAUGCAUAGCAUGAGACACACCUGAGAAGGGUGCUGUCAGUAUGCGCAUCGACUCUAUGCCAAAUAUUCAAAGCGAAUAUUGGUUGCAGGUAAUGACCUUAUUGAAACUCAUUAUGUUAGGACAUGACAUCUCAGUAGAUUCAAUCAAGGUCGAGGCAAUGAUGAACUGGCUCGACCCAUCUUAGUUACAAAAGUGAGAAGCUUCUUGGGAUUUACAGGAUAUUAUCGAGGGUUUAUUCAGGACUUCUUUAAGAUUGUUGCGUCUCAUGCAAUUAACAAGAAAAGGAAAGGUGUUCUCUUGGAACAAGGCUUUCGAGCAAAGUUUUAGAGAACUGAAGCACUGGUUUGUGACGACACUUAUGCUCCAAUGCUCAACGACUCAAGUAACUUUGUGGUUUAUUAUGAUGCAUCAGGGAAGGGGCUAAGUUGCAUCCUGAUGCAGAAUGAUCAGGUCAUUUCCUACGUCUUGAGAUAGUUGAAGGAAUAUGAGUGAAAUUACUCGACCCAUGACCUAAAAUGGAUAAUAAUAGGGUUUUCUCUAAGCAUAUAGCGACAUUACUUGUACGAGGAGUAGACACAGAUUUUUACUGACUCCAAAAACCUAAAAGACCUAUUCACAAAGGAUAUCAAUAUGAGACAAAAGUAUUAGUUGAAGCUGGUAAGUGAUUAUAACAUAGAGAUCUUGUAUCAUCCAAGCAAGAUGAAUGUUGUGGUAGACACCUGAAGUGGACAAGCAACCCAUUCCUCUGCUUUAAUUACUAGAGAGGUCGAGUUACAAGCAGACAUGGAAAUGAUCGAUAUUGAGGUAGUGGCAUGGUGAGUCAUAGGGAGACU